AUGGAUUCUGAUUCUGAUGUGGAUACGACUGAACCAAGUUAUUGGUGGAACCGGAGGUUCUUGCUCAGUUCACUAUUUGUAUUGACUACUGUGAUUGUAGCAGCAAUUUGUAUAUGGAAAUAUGAGGGCCGCAGAAGGGAAAGAGGAGCAAAUCAUCAGGGCAAAACAGUAGGGUUUUUAUAUGAGGAUGAAGCCUGGAAUACAUCUUUCAAAGUGAUUCAUCCUGCUUGGCUUCUUGCGUACAGAAUCAUUGCUUUCGGUGUGCUUCUGUCCGUGAUAGUUAUGAAUUAUGUUGAUGAUGGACCUGGGAUAUUUUUGUUCUAUACUCAGUGCACAUUUUGUUUGGUCACAAUCUAUUUCGCGGUUGGAUCUUCACUUUCCAUUUACGGAUGCUACAAAUACCACAAUAGAGUUAGUGAUGAUCCAGCUGAUGAUGUGAGAGAUGAUGAAGAGCAAAGUAUUUCUGUUGCUCCAGCACUUGCCGAAAAUGCCGACGCAACCAACACGUCUAAAAGAUUUACUUUCGAAGAAUGUUUCUCCCUCGAAGACACAACCAACACGUCUAAAAGAUUUACUGAUGAAAAAGGUUCCUCCCGCAAACCCGCAGGAGUAUGCGUUUAUAUCUUUCAAGCCCUUUAUCAGAUGUGUGGGGGUGCUGUGGUGCUCACUGAUCUUAUAUUUUGGGGCCUUUUGUAUCCAUUUGUUUGGGACCCCGAUUAUGACGAACUAGACUAUUUGAUGAUCAGUUUGCACGUAUACAAUUUUGUUUUCCUUCUUGGUGACACAGCUUUGAAUAGCAUGAGGUUUCCAAUGUUUCGAAUCGCAUAUUUCAUGCUGUGGACGAUAACAUAUGUGAUUGUGCAAUGGAUAGUCCACGCUUGUGUGGAUCUCUGGUGGCCUUAUCCAUUUCUUAGCUUGGCAUCCACAUAUGCGCCCUUAUGGUAUCUUUUGGUUGGACUGGUGCAUAUCCCAUGCUACUGCGGCUAUGCUUUAAUUGUUAAAUUGAAGCAUUUGUGGUUCACAAGAUUCUUCCCGAAGUCCUUUCAGGGGUGA